AUGGCAGAAGGUGUGAAAUUCUUUCUGCAAAAAUUGAGUUCUCUAAAAUUGCAAGAAGCUUCUCCAAGUCUGCAAGAUCAAAUCCAAAAGCUCAAGAAUAGACUUGAGGAGAUUGUAAGCUUUUCCGGAGAUAUAGGUAGUACUAGUAAAGAAGAAGAUGGAUUGGUUUGCAAUUGGCUGGGCAAUUUGAUAGAAACAUUACUUGAUGCGGAAAAUUGUAUCAAUGAGUAUGUCACUAAGGCUAGAAGUCAAGAUGGGUCUGAUCAGGCACUAUCAAUUGUGCAGUUUUGCGGUGAAUUGGAGAAGAUCAAUGCACGUCUUGCCGAAAUUUUAUGCCAAAGAUCCCAACUCAUUAUGCCACCAACAUGGGAAGCAAAAGAAGAAAUUGGGCAAAGUUCUUCUGGUGAUGGUGUUGAUGUAGUAGGUGAGGAAUCUCUUGCCCCCUUUGCUUUGAAUUAUAGAAACUUGCCUUCUUACCUUAGAUCCUGCUUGCUCUACUGUUCUCUUUUCCCUGAGAAAAUAAGUAGAGGAAGAUUGGUUCGGCUCUUGGUGGCUGAAGGUGUUUUACAAGGAAGACCAGGGGAAAUCAUGGAGGAUAUUGCUGAAGAAAAUAUCAAGGAAUUGGUUGGCCGAGGAAUGCUUCAGGUUAAAAUUGGUUUCAAAAAUAAAGUCAAAGUUGUCGACCCUUAUCAUAAAAUUUGUCUACUUAAGAUACAACAAGGAGAUUCUAUCAGUCAGAGUCUGUUUUCUGAUUCUAAAUUUCCUCAGAGUUCCUGCAUUGUUGUCAUCCACCAUCAUGGUGAGACUAUCACGACAAGCUUCAAUGAUCACCCAAUUGGAUCAUUAUAUGUCUUUUCGUAUAAUGAGGGCAUUUUUGACAACCACUGGUCCUGCAUAACAAGUGCCUUCCAUAACUUCAAAUUUUUGAGGGUUUUGGAGAUUGAGGAUCUUAAAAUUAAGAGCUUACCAGAAGAAAUAGGAGAUCUGAUACAGUUGAGGUAUCUAGGCUUGAAACAUUCAGCAUUGGAUGAGAUUCCAAAGAGCAUAGGCAAUCUUCAAAACCUACAAACUUUGGAUAUUAGAUGGCUUAAAAGUCUGAGGGGAUUGCCAAGUGGAGUUCUGGAUCUUCUACAUUUGAGAAUUAAGGAGUUUGACUCAACUCAGGAAACUGGAAUUGAUGGAUGCAUCUGUAGAACAUGCCAGUGA